AUGGUUUCAACAUAUCUUUGCUAUCUUUGUCUACCCAAUUUACGUUAUUCAUAUCGAUCUCAAAGUUCUCUUGUUAAAUAUGAAAAAACUAAACAUCAGAAUAAUAAAAUUAUUCCACAUUUAUAUACUAUAAUUGCGCCCUCAAGCUAUGAUAUUGAACAGUUUAGAAAUGCGUUUAUUAUUCAAGUGAAAAAGUGUCUUCAGUUUGGUCGAAUAUAUAAAGAAGAUGGAUCAGGAACUGUCACUUAUAUCUUGAUGGAAAAUAAAACUGGAACAUAUCAAAUUAAUCUUACUUGA